UUAAUGCACAAUUUGGACAUUACAUUAUAUGUAUUUUCUCAUAAGUUGAAUCAAUUACCAAAGGAAAGUUCAGAGGUCGCAACAUGGAGAUCAAGGAACCUCUCUUAGGCACCAGUAUGGCUAAGGGUGGUUUAAGGACCCUCCCUUUCAUCAUAGCGAAUGAAGCAUUUGAGAAAGUAGCAAGCUUUGGGAUUUCACCAAAUAUGAUAAUGUAUUUGAUGGGAAGUUAUGGUAUGGAAUUGGCAACUGGGUCUACCUUAAUCUAUUACUGGUCUUCUGCCACCAGUUUGGCUCCUGUUAUUGGUGCUUUUCUUGCUGAUUCUUAUGUGGGUCGCUUCUCCAUGAUAGGUUUUGGCUCCAUUUUUAGCCUUCUGGGUAUGAUUCUCCUUUGGUUGACUACCAUUAUUCCUGGUGCAACGCCAUGUGAUGAGUCCAAUACUAAGUGCACAUCUCUGAACUAUUUUCGACUUUCAGUACUAGUAUCAUCAUUCGGCAUGAUGUCAAUUGGGGCUGGUGGUGUCAGGUCUUCUUCCUUAGCUUUUGGUACUGAUCAGUUGCUCAAAGAAGAUAACCAUGGAAAUACAGGCAUCUUAGAAAGGUUCUUUAAUUGGUAUUAUGUUGCUACCUGUGCUGCUAUUAUAUUUGCAGUGACUUGUGUGGUUUAUAUUCAAGAUCACUUCGGUUGGAUAGUUGGUUUUGGAGUUCCGGUUGUGUUGAUGUUGUUGUCUGCUCUUUUCUUCUUCUUGGCUUCUCCCUUCUACAUCAAGUCCAAGGCCGAGGCAGAAUCACCUAUGGCACUUGCUCAAGUGUUCAUAGCUUAUUUUAAGAAGAGACAUUUCAAAUUUUCUGAAAACCAUGAUAAAUUGUACCAUCGUAGAAUCGGCUCCAAACUGGUCAUGCCAAGUGACAAUCUAAGGUUCUUAAAUAAGGCUUGCAUGGUUGUGAAUGCCGAAGAAGAACUAACAGAAGGUGGAAAAGCCAUUGAUCCAUGGAGCCUUUGUACCAUAGAAACGGUAGAAGAAUUAAAAUCCCUGAUUAGAGUUAUCCCAAUAUGGUCGACAGGUAUUAUAUUUUCAAUAAACCCAAGUCCAUUCAACGUUCUACUCACUAAAUCUAUGGAUCGUCAUAUCACCUCAAACUUCGAAAUCCCGGCCGGCUCUUUCGUGGGAUUCUUAGUUAUCUCUGCAGUUUCAUGGAUUGUCAUCUACGAUCUCAUUUUCAUGCCUUUAGCAACAAAGAUGAUGGGUAAACCGGUUCGACUAAGUGCUCGAAAACGAAUGGGAAUCGGUAUCCUACUCUCGUGUUUAUCAAUGGCUGUGAAUGCAAUAGUCGAAGGUAUUCGACGCGAGACAGCUAUUAAGGAAGGAUUCUCAGAUGAUCCGAACGGGGUAACAGACAUGUCGGCUUUAUGGCUAUUGCCACAUCUUUGGUUUUCAGGUAUGGCCGAUGUUUUCUUUAUAAUCGGUCAAAACGAAUUCUUCUGCUCGGUAUUCCCGAAGAGCAUGCGGAGUGUAGCAACGAAUCUCGGUGGGGUGAGCAUGUCAUUAGCAAGUGUGUUUUCGAGUUUGAUCUUGAAUGCCACAGAUUAUAUUACAAGCAGAGGUGGAAAAGAGAGUUGGGUAUCAAGCAACAUAAACAAGGCUCAUUUUGAUUAUUAUUAUUGGGUUUUUACUGGUUUGUGUUUGCUUAAUUUCUUCUACUACCUUAUCUGUAACAAAGCUUAUGGCCCCUCCUAUGAAGAGCAAGAUGACAAGUCAAGGGAUCAUGAGGACAUUGGACAUUGCACAUUGUAAUUGAUGGUGUUUCUUGCUUCUCCCUAUGUAAUUAUGAUCAUUUCUAUUCAAAUAUAACAAAUCUUGUAACGAAGGUUAUUGAUGA